ACCCAGUCUGUCACUCGUGGUCGAUCCCUCUUUCUCCUCCUCUCUCAGGUAACUCGGUCUUUGACUCACUCUCUCUCAGAGUCCUGAUUUGCUUCUUCUAUUUACGCUCUCGAUCGAUCCCCUCGAAUAUUAGCCGUGAAAUUGGGUUUGGAACCGCCAUUUUUGGACUUGGGUCGAUCUCAAAUCGUAGAAUCGAGUCCAAAUUACAGCAUUAGGCGGGCAUAUAAGUGUAUCUAUCACGGUUAUGAAACAUUUUAUCAGUGAGACCAAUUGGUACUGAAGAUCUUGGGCGUCUAAAGCUAUUUGCAAGACCCAUCACUGCACCUUUUGCCUUCAAUUCUUAGAUCAUGACACCCUUUCAAUCAUCUGGGCCUGUGGUAGGAUCAGAUAACUCAGGUUUGAGACCCACUACUCCAUCAGCUCCACAAUCUACAACACCUUUUUCAUCAUAUGGGCCUGUGGUUGGAUCCGAGUCUUCUGGCUUUGUACGUGCUCCACCAAUGGCUCCGCAGACAAACAUUCCCCACGCUUCCGGCUUUAGACCUGCUCCACCAGCUAGGUUUAAUGACCCAUCUGUGCCACCUCCACCAGUGUCGUAUGCCCCUACAACUGCUGGACCUUUCCCAACACCACAAUUUUCCUCAAUUCAACCACCUCCUUCUCGACCUGCUAUUGUAAGCCGACCCCCAUUUCAACCUCCUGCAGCUCAAGUGCCUCCUCCACAACUUCCACUUCAUCCGCAGCAGCAGAUACCUUUGGUGCCAAUGGGAUCUCCUCCUCAAAAUAUGAAUUAUGUACCAGGAAGUACAAAUAAUCCUCAUUCUUCACCUGAUUCAUCAUUUCCUACUCUCAGACCAAAUUCCCAACCGUCAUUUCCUGGAUAUGUUCGUCAACAAUCUAGUGCAGAUUCACUAGCGCCACCUGUCCAGUCUCCAUUUCUUGCUAAGCAGGGAAGUGCACCUUUCCAAACUACAACACCUCCAUCUUUUGUUGCGCACCAAGGUGGUUAUGUUGCAUCUCCACCUGUUGCAGCUCCCAUGGGAUUACAGACAAGGGACCGUAUGCAACAUUCAAGCCUAGGACCGCCUGUUGGUUCCAUACAAGGCUUGGUAGAGGACUUUAACUCACUAUCUAUUGGAUCCAGUCCUGGGUCAAUUGAACCUGGAGUUGAUCUCAAUGGUUUGCCAAGACCAUUGGAUGGUGAUAUGGAGCCAAAAUUGUUUCAUGAAAUGUAUCCAUUAAAUUGCAGUUCUAGAUUUCUACGCCUAACAACUAGUGGAAUACCAAGUUCCCAAUCCUUAGCUUCAAGGUGGCACUUGCCUCUUGGAGCAGUUGUUUGUCCACUCGCAGAAGCACCAGAUGGGGAUGAGGUGCCAGUAAUUAAUUUUGCCAAUUCUGGCAUUGUUCGAUGUAGAAGAUGUCGCACAUAUGUGAAUCCUUAUGUGACAUUUACAGAUGCUGGAAGAAAGUGGCGAUGUAACAUGUGCUCUUUACUUAAUGAUGUUCCUGGUGAUUAUUUUGCCCAUUUGGAUUCCACUGGCAAAAGAGUGGAUUUGGAUCAGCGACCUGAGCUUACACGUGGUAGCGUGGAGUUUGUUGCUCCAACAGAAUAUAUGGUCCGGCCUCCUAUGCCACCAUUGUAUUUUUUUCUCAUCGAUGUUUCUGUAUCUGCAGUUAGAAGUGGUAUGAUUGAGGUUGUAGCCAAAACCAUCAGGUCAUGUUUGGAUCAAUUGCCUGGCUUCCCCAGAACACAAAUUGGGUUUGCAACUUAUGACAGCACAAUACAUUUUUACAAUUUGAAGUCAUCUUUGACUCAGCCUCAAAUGAUGGUGGUCUCAGAUCUGGAUGACAUAUUUGUGCCAUUGCCAGACGAUCUGCUUGUCAACUUAUCGGAAUCUAGAAGUGUGGUGGAAACAUUUCUCGAUAGCUUACCCUCUAUGUUUCAGGAUAAUUUAAAUGUUGAAUCUGCUUUUGGUCCAGCCCUUAAAGCUGCUUUAUUGCUUAUGAGGCAACUUGGGGGGAAAUUGUUAAUUUUCCAGAACACAUUGCCAUCUCUUGGAAUCGGCCGCUUAAAGUUGCGGGGAGAUGAUCUACGUGUGUAUGGAACGGAUAAAGAGCAUGUGUUAAGACUUCCUGAAGAUCCAUUCUACAAGCAGAUGGCUGCAGAAUUUACAAAAUUCCAGAUAGGAGUGAAUUUAUAUGCAUUCAGUGAAAAAUAUACGGAUAUAGCCUCAUUAGGUGCUUUGGCAAAGUAUACUGGUGGUCAAGUGAGUUUUUAUCCGAAUUUCCAAUCAGCCAUUCAUGGAGAGAAACUAAGACAUGAGUUAGCUAGAGACCUUACUCGGGAAACUGCUUGGGAAGCUGUCUUACGUAUACGUGUUGGAAAAGGAGUCCGCUUCACUUCAUAUCAUGGGAACUUUAUGCUAAGGUCUACCGAUCUAAUAGCACUUCCAGCUGUUGAUUGUGAUAAAGCAUUUGCGAUGCAGUUCUCUCUUGAGGAGGCUUUAUUAACCACACAGACAGUUUAUUUCCAAGUUGCUUUGCUAUACACAGCAUCUUGUGGUGAGAGACGUAUUAGAGUUCUUACCGCAGCAGCACCAGUAGUUCCAGAUCUUGGGGAGAUGUAUCGUCAGGCAGAUACUGGUGCUAUAGUCACCCUGCUUUCAAGGCUAGCAAUUGAGAAAACAUUGUCCAGUAAGCUUGAAGAUGCUCGUAGCAGUUUGCAACUAAGAAUUGUGAAGGCCCUCAAAGAGUACCGAAAUCUCUAUUCUGUGCAACAUCGCUUGGGAGGGAGGAUCAUAUAUCCAGAAUCUCUGAAGUUCUUAUUGUUGUAUGGAUUGGCACUUUAUAAGUCAACACCUCUUCGUGGAGGGUAUGCUGACGUUACACUGGACGAACGCUGUGCAGCAGGUUUCACAACAAUGGUUUUACCAGUUAAAAAACUGUUAAAACUUCUAUAUCCUAGUUUAAUUCGAGUUGAUGAGCAUCUUUUGAAGACCUCUGGUCAUGAUGACCUCACAAGCAUUGAGAAACGGUUGCCACUCACUGCUGCAAGCUUGGAUUCCAGGGGUCUUUAUGUAUGCAAUGAUGGUUUCCGUUUUAUUCUUUGGUUUGGCAGAGUACUUUCACCUGAUAUAGCUAUGAAUUUACUUGGGCCAGAUUGUGCAGCUGAGUUGUCAAAGGUUAUCCUUAGUGAGCGUGAUAAUGAAAUGUCGAGAAAGUUGAUGAGGAUGCUCAAUAAAUUUAGAGAAAACGAUUCCUCAUAUUAUCAGUUGUGUCAACUUGUAAGACAAGGUGAACAGCCCCGGGAAGGUGUCCUUUUCCUAUCGAAUCUUGUUGAGGACCCAAUUGGGGGUACCAAUGGUUAUGUUGAAUGGGUUCUACAAAUUCACCGGCAAGUCCAGCAAAAUCCUUAACUCUUUCAGGUUAGUUCUGUUUAUUGUCAUGUUACAUCAGAUUAGUAGUGGGGUUUAUCAAGCUUGUUCCACGGAUAAUCUUUUAAAUGGUGGAGCUUCUUUUGUUGCAUAUCAAGAACUCUUUGAGGUCAUGGGGAAUGUAAUUGGGGUAGAACUGGUACCAUACUGAAUUUUGGACAGCUUGUUCGGUUUGAAGCAGGAUGCAAUAAUUAGGGGACAUAUAUUUUAGUGAUAUAUAAUCUUUGGCCACAGUAGUCUUCACAUUGAGAAGAAGAAACACAACAUUUUUGCUUGUCUUAUAACCUUUAAAUUAUUCUUACUAGCUUUCUUGCUUGUGUUGUAUUUCUUUUUUCUUUUCUUACUCAUUCUUGUUACUGGAAGGGAAAUUGUGUUUGGUGGUGAUUGUACUAUUUUCAGCUUC